CACUGGUCCCGGGGAAAGAGGGAGGUGUCCGGGCUUGGAGGGUCGGGUGGGCCUCGCGGCGGGCCGGGCCUCACCUCGCCCCGCGCGGGGAACACGAGCUCGAGCCGGACCCGGGGGCGGCGCGCGGAGCGGCUGGUCCAGUCAUGGCAGACUACUGGAAGUCGCAACCAAAGAAAUUCUGUGAUUACUGCAAGUGUUGGAUAGCGGACAAUAGGCCUAGUGUUGAAUUUCACGAAAGAGGAAAGAAUCAUAAGGAAAAUGUGGCAAAGAGGAUCAGUGAGAUUAAACAGAAAAGCCUGGAUAAGGCAAAGGAAGAAGAAAAGGCAUCAAAGGAGUUUGCCGCAAUGGAGGCAGCUGCCCUGAAAGCCUACCAAGAGGAUUUGAAAAGACUUGGCUUAGAGUCAGAAAUUUCAGAGCCAAGCAUAUCACCAGUAACAAGUACUGUCCCGCCAACCUCUGCAUCAAAUCAGCAGAAGGAAAAGAAGAAGAGGAAAAAAGACCCUUCAAAGGGAAGAUGGGUAGAAGGCAUAACCUCUGAGGGUUACCAUUACUAUUAUGAUCUCAUCACAGGAGCAUCCCAGUGGGAGAGACCUGAAGGAUUUCAAGGAAACUUAAAAAAGACAACAGGGAAGACUGUUUGGGUAGAAGGUUUAAGCGAAGAUGGUUAUACCUACUAUUAUAAUACAGAAACAGGAGAAUCCAAAUGGGAAAAACCUGAUGAUUUCAUUCCACAUUCUGGCGACCUGCUUUCUAGUAAAGUCAAUGAAAAGUCACUUGAUACCCUAGAAGAGUCCAAAUCAUCAGAUUCUCAUAGUGAUUCUGAUGGGGAGCAGGAAGCAGAAAAAGGAGAGGCCUCUACAGAAACACAAAAGCCAAAAAUAAAGUUUAAGGAAAAAAAUAAAAGUAGUGACAAAGGAACUGAACCAGAAACACAGAAAGAAAAAACUACCCAAGAGCAAAAUUCAUCAGGUCCAAAUGAAGAAAAAUCCAAAGCUCCUAAAAAAUCAAACCCAUAUGGAGAAUGGCAAGAAAUUAAACAAGAAGUUGAGUCUCAUGAGGAGGUAGAUUUUGAACUUCCAUGCACUGAAAAUGAGUGUGUAUCAACUUCAGAACCUGAUAUUGGUGGACAAUCUAAAAUGGUAUUUAAAGAAAAAACAGUCACUUCUCUUGGAAUCGUGGCAGAUGGAGUGGCCCCAGUCUUUAAAAAGAGAAGAAUUGAAAAUGGAAAAUCUAGAAAUUUAAGGCAACGAGGUGAUGAUCAGUAA